AUUUGUUUUCUGAUUAAAAACUGUGUCGAGCUCAAUGAUCGUAUUGGAUGAAUGACUUUGUAUAUUACACUUAUGAUUCCAAACGUAAGAAUAUCGACAGACAUUAAAUACACAGCUUGAUAUAAAUCAUUAAGAAAAAACGCGCCCGCGCGUUAUCGGCUGGCAAGAUUGCCUAGGAUUGCCAGAAGUAGGGAAAACAUGGCCGCGUAGGGAUCACGGUGACGUCGUGUCGUAAUGUGUGACGUAGUAGAUACAUACAAAACAAGGUCUGUUAGCUGCUAUAGAGCUUGUAUGCAAGUACAAGAUAUGUAUGGUCUGGAAUGUGUUGCAGAAUGGUGGAUGGAAGACCUCACAAAUGGAAUCGGAUGAUACCAAUGGAUUCCACUGACAUUUCCAAUAACAGUGUCGCAGCACAUUUCAGAUUCCAGACCACCUACUGAUCCCUAUAGUUGAAGCGUAUACAUUAUUAGAGUAGUACAUAACAUUAUACAACAAUAAUUAAUAAACAUAGACAAAGAUAGAUUAUGUUUUGGAAGAAAAUGAUGCGGAAUAUUGUAAUCAAAUGUAAUACAUUCUUAUCAGCAGAUUACGAGAGCACUUUGAAAGCAUUAUAUAAUUUACAAAGCAAUGCUGAAUAUUUGAAGCUAUCGUCAGAAAAGGGAUCAACGCAAGAUCACAAGUUAAAGGACAUAGAGAAAUAUUUACUUCGAAUUGGUGUUACUACUGAAACAUUAGAUACAUUGUCUGUUAUCCACGUAGCGGGUACUAAAGGAAAAGGUUCUAGUUGUGCAUAUACAGAAGCUAUUUUACGCGAACAUGGCUAUAUUACAGGAUUCUAUAGUUCUCCGCAUUUGGUUACUGUUAGAGAACGUAUAAAAAUAAAUGGAAAAUCGAUAAGCGAAUCACUCUUUGUUGAGUACUUUUGGAAAGUACACAAGAAACUAGAGGACACAAAAGAAAAUGAAUUUGAUAUGCCUAUGUACUUCAAAUUUUUAACUCUUUUAAUGUUCAAAAUAUUUUUAGAUUUGAAGGUUGAUGUAGCUAUAAUUGAAGUUGGAAUUGGAGGAUUAUAUGAUUGCACAAAUAUUAUAAGAAAUCCUGUCUGUGUGGGUAUAACAAGUUUAGCCUUAGAUCAUACUUCUUUACUGGGACCAACUCUUGAAGAUAUAGCUUAUCAGAAAUCGGGAAUUUUUAAACCCGAAACUAUCGCAUUUUCUGUUCCUCAACAUUCACGAGCAAUGCGGGUGUUGGAAAAAAGAGCAGUUGAACAAAAUUGUACAUUGUACACUGUUCCUCCUUUCGAAGAGUAUAAGUGGGAAAAUAUAUCGCCUAUUUUGAAUAUGAGAAACAGUAUUCAACAGGAAAAUGCAUCUUUAGCUAUUCAAAUGGCUAGCACAUGGAUGGCAUCUAAAAGCAAUAAAUUUUCACCUAGUUUAACUAAUGUUGUAAAUACUAAUAAAAAUAGUAUUAGACAUAUGGAUAAAAUUGCAAUUGGUUUAUCGUCUUGUAAAUGGCCUGGUAGAAUGCAGAUUUUAGAAAGCAGCAUUGGCAACUUCUACCUGGAUGGUGCGCAUACAAUGGAAAGUAUUCAAUCCUGCAUUUCGUGGUUUACGGAUCUUACUAAAGAAAGUGGAGGAAAGAAGAUUCUGAUUUUUAAUACUAGUGCAAGGAGAGAUCCAAUGAUUCUACUAAAGCCUAUAAAGUCACUACAGUUUGAGAAAUCAUACUUUGUACCAAAUUAUGCAGGUGUUAAUUGUAUAGACGACGAAACAAACAGAUUCUUCUUAGAAGAACAAAAGAACCAAUGUUUAAAAAAUGCUGCAUUCUGGGGAACAGGUUCAGUGCUUGCGGAUAGUGUGUCAGAAGUUUUACAAAAAAUAAAGAAAGAUAAUUCGCAAUGGCAAGCUACUUACAAUAAUAAUGAGAAAUGUUAUGUUCUUGUCACAGGAUCACUGCAUUUGAUAGGCGCGGUUCUAACGGUAUUAGAUCCACAUUUAACAAUGAGUACAAAGUUUUGAUACGUACCUUUGAAAAUGGCAUUUUAUAUAUCACUACAAUAACGCAACGCACUCAAAUAACAAGAGUAUAUUUUAUAAACAAUAGAAUAAUAUAUUUAGUAAUGAUAAGAACAAUAGCUGCAUCAAUUCAUAGUGAUAUAUUAAUGAAAGAUUGCAUUGCUACCAUCAUAAUAGCAAGAUACUCAUUAAUAUUUUUUCUUAAUAAUAUUUUUUGUACUUUCAUAUAAAUACGUUCCAUGUACAACUA